GUAACAGUUUCCGCUUCCGGAUGUUUUCGAGCAGAGAGAAGGAGCCAAGAUGGCGGAGCCUUCCAGAGAUCCUCCGUCCGCUCUAAGCGCUGACUUCAUGAGCUUCUCCCCCGGAGACACCGCCUCGCGCUGGCUGGCGUGUGCCGACCUGCAGCAGGAGGUGUACCGCCACCUGGCUGAGUACGUGCCCCGCGUCCUGUGCCAGGGGGGCGGCGUGGCGGAGCAGCAGGAGGAGCAGCGGGAGGAGCUGGCCCUCCAGCUGCUGCUCCUCGCCCCCAUGGAGUGGUUCCUGCUGGGGGGGGAGCCGGCGGCCGGCCUGGCGCUGCUGCAGCAGGGCGGGGGGGCGGCGGCGCUCUGUGGACACGUCUUCAAGGUGGGGGAGCCCACCUACUCCUGCAGGGAGUGUGCGGCCGACCCGACCUGUGUUCUGUGCAUGCAGUGCUUCCUGUCCAGCGCCCACCGCCACCAUCGCUACCGGGUGAGUCCAACCAGAACCAGAACCACUAGAACCCGGCUGACCGGACUUCUCUGUCCCCAGAUGACCACGUCAGGAGGCGGAGGCUUCUGCGACUGUGGAGACGCCGAGGCCUGGAAGACCGGUCCGUCCUGCCAGAACCACACGCCUGCCAACCGGAACCUGGAGACUGAGGAGGACCCGGUCUCUCUGCUGCCCCCUGCUGUGGAGGAAAGGAGCUAUAGCAUCUUCUCCAUCAUCCUGCAGUACGCCGUCGACCUGCUGACCUGGGAGCAGGAGGACCAGCUGCCUGCAGGCCUGGAGCCGCUGCAGCGGAGCGACAGCUACUACUGCAUGCUGUUUAAUGAUGAAGCCCACACCUACGAGCAGGUCAUCUACACGCUGCAGAAAGCCGUCAGCUGCAGCCAGAAGGAAGCCGUCAGCUUCGCCACCACCGUGGACAGAGACGGCAGGAAGUCGGUCCGGUUCGGGGACCAUCAGUUCUGUGAACAGGCGAAGGCCGUCAUUGUGAGGAGCACCAGCCGGCAGUCCAAGCCCCUGCGGGUCCAGGUGAUGCACUCGGCGCUGGUGGCUCAUCAGUGCUUCGCUCUGAAGGCGCUCAGCUGGCUGGGCCAGCUCAUCCAGUACUCUGAUGGCCUGAGGCGGGUCCUGUGCCAGGUGGGGCUGCGACCCGGUCCGGAGGGCGAGAACUCCUCACUGGUGGACCGCUUGAUGCUGAAUGACUCCAAGAUGUGGAAAGGAGCUCGGAACGUUUACCACCAGCUGCUCAUGAACAGCCUGCUGAUGGACCGCAAGUUCAAGAAGCUGUUCGCAAUCCGGUUUGCCAAGAACUACAGACGGCUGCAGACAGAUUUCAUGGAGGACGACCACGACCGCUUGGUGUCGGUGACGGCGCUGUCGGUGCAGCUGUUCACCGUGCCGACCGUGGUGAGUAGCUCUUCUUCUUCUGCUGCCCCAACACCGCUCUCUCUCUGUCCCCCCCUGACCCCCGACCCCCGACCCCAGAACUAUGAGCGCUUGCAGAGCGACUUCAUCAGAGACGACCACGACCGGCAGUUCUCCGUCACUGACCUGUCGGUACAGAUCUUCACUGUUCCCUCGCUGGCCCGGAUGCUGAUGGUGGAGGAGAACCUGAUGAUGACCAUCAUCAGAACCUUCGUGGAUCAGCUUCGCCACCGCGACGCUCAGGGCCGCUUCCAGUUCGACCGCUACACCGCCCAGCAGGCCUUCAAGUUCGGCCGGGUCCAGAGCCUCAUCGGAGACCUGAAGUACGUCCUGAUCUCCCCGCCCCCACAGUGGAGCCAGCAACUCAGAACCAAGUUCCUGGAUGGCUUCGAAGCCUUCCUGGACCUGCUCAGGUGCAUGCAGGGCAUGGACCCGGUGGUGAGACAGGUGGGCCAACACAUCGAGAUGGAGCCGGAGUGGGAGGCGGCCUUCACCCUGCAGAUGAAGCUGACGCACAUCAUCACCAUGAUGCAGGAAUGGUGCAGCACUGACGAGCACGUUCUGAUCGAGGCGUAUAAGAAGUGUCUGAGCGCGCUCAGUCAGUGCCAGAGCGACCUGCCGGACGGCGAGCAGCCAAUCAGCUUGAGCCUGGCGGGUCACGCCGUGGACACCUUCAGGUACCAGGUGUCCCAGGAGAAGGUGUCCAUCCACCUGCCUGUAUGCAGGCUGCUAGCAGGACUCCAUGUUCUCCUCAGCAGGACCGAGGUGGCGUCACGACUCCCCGAACAGCUGCCCCUGGGGGAGCUCAGCCCUCACCUGCUGAUAGAGCUGCCUCUGCGCUGCCUGGUGCUCUGUGCACAGGUGCAUGCUGGGAUGUGGAGGAGGAACGGCUUCUCUCUGAUCAACCAGAUCUACUACUAUCACAACGUCAAGUGCAGAGUGGAGAUGUUCGACAAGGACCUGGCCAUGCUGCAGGUCGGCGCCUCCAUGAUGGAUCCGAACCACUUCUUGAUGAUCGUUCUGAGCCGCUUCGAACUCUUCCACACCUUCAGCGCCGCCGACCUGCGGAGGAGAUACAGGGAGGCCAACAAGGACCUGGCCCAACAGAACACGCUGAUAGAGGAGAUGCUGCAUCUCGUCAUCAUGGUGGUAGGUGAGCGCUACGUUCCUGGCGUCGGCCAGGUGGAGCCGCUGGAUGAGGUCAGGAGGGAGAUCCUCCACCAGCUGUGCAUCAGACCCAUGGCUCACAGCGAGCUGGUCAAGGGUCUGCCUGAGAACGGCAACAAGGAGACGGGUCUGGAGAGAGUCAUUGACAGCGUUGCAUCAUUCAGGAAGCCAGGUGUGACGGGGCGGGGCCUGUAUGAGCUGCGUCCUGAGUGGUCCAGACACUUCGACCUCUACUUCCAUCACUACAGCCGGGCGGAUCAGUCCAAGGCAGAGGAGGCUCAGAGGAAGCUGAGGAGACAGAACGGCGAGGACACAGCCCUGCCCCCGCCCCGGCCGCCCCCCCUCUGCCCGCCGUUCGCCAGCCUGGUCAACCUGCUGCAGAGCGACGCGCUGCUGGCACUAGAGGGCGCCGUGCUGCAGUGGGCAGGAGAGCCCAGCGGAGGAGGCUGGACCGAGUCCAUGCUGCAGAGGGUGCUGCACCUGGUUGCCAUGGCGCUGCUGGAGGAGCAGCAGCAGCUGGAGAGCAGCGGCGGAGACGAAGACAUCUCCUUCACCUUCAGCAGCAAGAUCACACGUCCAGGUGAGGCUCCCAGCACCUCUGGAAGCAUCCUGGCUCUGCUGGAGAACCUGCAGAGCGCCCCUCACCUGGAGGUCCACAAGGACAUGAUCACCUGGAUCCUCAAGAUGGUGGGAAACAUCAAAACCACGAGGGAGCGAACGUCUGGCUCCAGCGUCAGCGUCAGCCAUGGCCGCCGCCCAGAGGAGACGGUGAGGGACAAGGACAAGGCGGAGAGGAAGCGGAAGGCGGAGAUGGCGCGGCUCCGCAGGGAGAAGGUCAUGGCCCAGAUGUCUGAGAUGCAGAAACAUUUCAUCAACGAGAACAAGGAGCUGUUCCAGCAGAGCAUGGAGGAGCUGGAGGCGGCCGCCACCACCGCCGAGCACAGUCCUCCCAGUUCGGAGCCCACCUGUGCCGCUCAGAUCUGUGUGGGCCCCAGGCGGGUGGGCGGGGCCGAGCGCCGCCAGCUGGUCACCUGCAUCCUGUGUCAAGAGGAGCAGGAGGUCAGAGGUCACGGCAGAGCCAUGGUGCUGGCAGCCUUCAUCCAGAGAUCCACCGUGCUGUCCAAGAACCGCAGUCGCGGCGUCCCCGACCCAGAACGCCUCGACCCGCUCUUCGUGCACCCUGACCUCUCAGUGGGCGUCCACACCGCCAGCUGCGGACACAUCAUGCACGCCACCUGCUGGCAGAGGUACUUUGAGGCGGUGCAGCAGAAGGAGCAGCGGCGGCAGCAGCGGCUCAGAGGUCACACCAGCUACGACGUGGAGAACGGGGAGUUCCUGUGUCCGCUGUGCGAAUGUCUGAGCAACACCGUCAUCCCCCUGCUGCCUCACGCCUGCUCACCUGCCCGCAGCUUGGAGCAUUCGUGUCUGGAGACCUGGCUGAAGAGAACCAAUCAGCAAGCAGCAGCACUAGACUCCACCCACAGGAAGCAGUCACACGGUGCGGCCCAGCAGGCGGAGCCAGCGGUUCCUGACGGGUUCGGGGUCAGCUUUGUUCCACAUGAUGUCACUUCCUCCCUCAGGAAUCCGUUCUCCAGCGGCGUCAGUGAGAUGAUCAACACCUUCAGCAUGUCGGCCUACAAGGUCGGCCUCAAGGUCAACCCCAACGAGCAGGACCCCCGAGUCCCGGUGCUGAGCUGGUCCACCUGCGCCUACACCAUGCAGAGCAUAGAGCGCCUCCUAAUGGAUGAGAAGAAGCCGUUGUUUGGAAGCUUACCUUGUCGACAGAAUGACUGUCUGAGUUCUCUGACCCGGUUCAGUUCAGCCUGCUGGACCGCUGCUCCAAUCAGAACCGUUCAGAACCAUUUCAUCAGGCUGCUGUCAGUUCUGGUUCUGGUUCCGGACUCCCAGCUGGAGGACGCUCCCUGCAUCCUGGAUGUGGACAUGUUCCACCUGCUGGUGUACAGCGUCUUGUCCUCCGGCUCCCUGCACAGUCUGGACCAAUCAGGACGAAGCUCUGUGGAUUCAGCUCACCUUCACCUGCUUCACCUGGUCACUGUGGCUCACCUGGUUCAGGUUCUGCUCACCUUCACCGCCGGUGAGCCGAGUAUGGAUCAGGACGGCGAGGAGUCGGAGGAGGAGCGACUCACCUGUCAGCUGUACGGCAGACUGAGGGAUCACCUGGGCAGGUGUUUACCUGACGUGUCCUCUGGGUGGCGCCUGUGGAGGUGUGUCAGAGCCGGCGUCCUGCCCUUCCUCCGGACCGCAGCCCUCUUCUUCCACUACAUGAACUCUGCGUCGCCCCCUGCUGACCUACUGGGUACUGGACCUGGCCAGUGGGAGGCGCUGUGUAGCUACCUCAGUCUUCCCUCCAACCUGCUGCUGCUGUACCAGAACCACCGCACACUGCUGGAGCCGCUCAUCCACAGGUGGUGCUGCCAUCCAGGUGUGGGCCAGGUGCUCCGUGGGGGCGGAGUCUUGGUGCGGUUCCCCAGAGAGUCCAACAGGUUGAUCGAUCUGCCAGAGGACUACAGCAUCCUGAUCAACCAGGCCUCCAGCUUCACGUGUCCGCGGUCCGGUGGGGAUAAGUCUCGCGCCCCCACUCUGUGCCUGGUGUGCGGCUGCAUGCUGUGCUCUCAGAGCUACUGCUGCCAGACGGAGGUGGAGGGAGAGGACGUCGGAGCCUGCACUGCCCACACCUUCACCUGUGGAGCGGGCAUCGGCCUCUUCCUCAGGGUCAGGGAGAGCCAGGUGUUGUUCGUCGCAGGUAAAACUAAGGGCUGCUUCUAUCCCCCGCCGUACCUGGACGACUAUGGAGAAACCGACCCUGGUCUCAAGCGGGGGAACCCGCUCCACCUUUGCUCGGAGCGCUACCAGAAGAUCGAGCGUCUGUGGCGGCAGCACGGCAUUGCUGAGGUCAUAGGUCACGCUCAGGAGGCCAAUCAGACGCUGGUCGCCAUCGACUGGCAGCACCUGUGACCGCGGACUAGCCCCGCCCACUAACGAACCUUUUUGAACCAAUCGGCUCGCUGCAGCUGCAGCCUGAGGUCGGAGCAGCUUUCAGGGAUUUUCUAGGGUGUUUGGAUCCUGACCUUUGACCUCUUACUGUCAACCCUACCCCCUCAGUCCUCCGAUCAGACUUCACCUGUUCAGGAAUCGUCCUGAUUGGCUGGAGGUCAGGUGACCUCUGUCAGGUGUACGUUGCUUUUUGAUGGACUGGGUCUCCAUGGCAACCAGGUGAGAGUAAUCAGAUUACUCACUGAGACGACAUCAUGAAGACUUCAGCCAAUCGGAAGCCAGAGCCAUGUGAACGCCGUCUCCAUGGCAACCAGGUGGAUGAGCCGAAUCUGAUCGGGUUUUAUUCACUUCCGCUUUAAUGUUUCAUUUAACGAGCCAAGCGUGUGACAUCACUUCCUGUUGUGUGUUUGAGUUUGGGGAGGCGGAGCGCCAGAACCGGACCAGAACCGGACUGAGUCCGGCUGACGCUCCGCCUCGGUAACGUCACUUUAACCUGUAGAACAGAACCAAUAAAACGGACUUUAAAGAA